UAUUUCGGUGUAAGUAUUGACAGCUGUAUUAGCAUGAAAUGGAGAAUCGGAGGUGUUUAGGACCCCGUAGACACCAGGGGGUUGACGUGGGCCGUCUCCCUCAGAGGACCGAUCAGAGGUCAGUUUUGUAAAUUUUCCAAAAUGAGGCUGAAGACGGAGAUUGGGUUUGGGAGCUGGUCCUUGUUCAGUUUGGCCGAAACUUCCAAGCUUGGCAUUUUUGCGAGCGACGUAAAGGGAUAAACAUGGAAAGGUUUUAGCUAGAACGCCGACAUUCGGUGGGCAAACGCUCCCCCGUUUGAACAAUACGUCCGCUUCGAGCAUUUGAAUCCACUCGAACGCUCGGAUAGCGAUCCCGCCAGAGGUUUUUGGAGCCGACGCGCAGGUUGCGAAGCAGGCCAGACAUCCAUCGAGGCGCGACUAUGCUGCUCAACACCACGACCCGGGGCUUUCUGUGGUCGGACGCGGAGACGAGGACGUUGCUAAACAUUUGGGGGGAGCAGGACGUCCAGGAGGCGCUGGACGGGAACUUCCGCAACAGCUUCGUUUACCGCGACGUGUCCCGGCGGCUGGGGGCGAUGGGCUUCGAGCGCACGCCGGAGCAGUGUAGGGUGCGCAUUAAGAGCCUCAAACGACAAUACUUGCUCGCCAAAGAGGGCAAUCUGCGUAAUAACAGGCAGUACCACAAGAUCGCUAAGUUCUACGACACCAUGGAGAGGAUUCUGAGCAACCGGCCCGCCCUUGACCCCCAGGAGUUCAUUGACGGAGGGCCGGGAGGGGAGGAGGCCGUGGACGGCUUAGAUGAAGAUGCGGAGGAUGCUCAGGAUGUCUAUUCGGAGAGCACCGGAGACUGUCCCUUUCCCGCAGAGACUGAGGUCAAACUGGAGUAUCCCAGUAUUCCCAUUCCCAUCCCGGUUAAGGUCACAGUGGGAAACAACAGUACAUCGGAACAACAUCCGAAUCCCAACAGCAGCCAGUUGGCAGCGAACUGCACCGCUUCCACACCCAAGCAGCGGCGACGGCGGCGCACCAACUUCCCCUUGGAACGGCUCAUGGAGCAGUUCCUGAAGCAGAGCUCACAGGCCGAGGACAACUUCUACCGAAUGGAGGAGCGCCGUUUACAGGCGGAGGACAACCGGCGGGAAGCAGAGCAUGCCAGGGAGCUGCACAUGCUCCAGAUGCUGGGGCAGAUGUUCUCCAACAUCUCCUCCCCUGCUCAACUAAAGACCGGCGCGCCCUCCCAACACUUGCCGAUGUACUCGCAGCACCAACCUUCACCGCCGGCUGACGGUUUACCCAAGCGGUGUCAGCCGUUAAAACGGGACUCUCAGCCAUUAGUGUUUGAACGUCGCUACAGCCUGGCCCCGACAUCUGACGGCGGCAUGGAGGAGCGCAUCCUAUCACUGGUGAAGAAGAUCGUUCCCCCGCUGUCCAACAACAAGCACAAGGGACAAGAUGGCCGAAUCGGUAUCAUAGGCGGAUGCCAAGACUACACCGGAGCGCCCUACUUUGCUGCCAUUUCGGCACUGAAAGUGGGUGCCGACUUGUCUCACGUGUUCUGCACCAAAGAUGCUGCAGCUGUAAUCAAAUCCUACAGCCCGGAGCUCAUAGUUCAUCCUGUCUUGGACAGCCCAAACGCUGUGGAGGAGAUUGAAAAAUGGCUGCCGAGACUACACAGCCUUGUGGUGGGGCCCGGUCUAGGAAGAGAGGAGUUCUUAUUAAAAACAGCAAAGGAGGUAAUAGAGAAGUCCAAAGCUAGAGAUAUUCCAAUUGUCAUCGAUGCGGAUGGAUUAUGGCUGGUGACAAAGCAGCCGUCUGUUAUUCAGGGCUACCAAAAGGGCAUUAUUACACCCAACUUCAUGGAGUUUACGCGGCUGUACGAGACGCUGCAACACAAGGCGGUCGACGGCAGCGAUCACCGUAGUAGCGUCCUACAGCUGAGCGAAACCAUGGGAAACAUCACCGUGUUACUUAAAGGAGAGAAAGAUCUAAUUGCAGAUGGCAGCACAGUGGUGGCGUGCAGUACAGAGGGAAGCGCGAGGCGAUGCGGAGGACAAGGUGAUCUUCUUUCGGGAUCUGCUGGGGUAUUGGCACACUGGGCCCAUGCUGCCUCUCAAGCAGGACUAAUAACAGGUGUGAACCCGUCAGUGGUGGCGGCGAUGGGGGCCUCGUCGCUCACCAGACAGUGCAACAGACAAGCGUUCCAGCGACACGGCCGGUCCACCACCACGUCGGAUAUGAUCCAAGAAAUCGGACCCGUCUUCAAGAAUCUAUUUGAAAGAUGAAAAUCGACAUUACGCGUACAAGAAAAUUCCUCGUGGUUGAUUUUUCUUUCGGUACGUCCAGAUGUUACUUACGGACAAGUGUUUUAAUGAGUGGGCGGGUCUUGGUGGAGGCUGACAAUACCUUUUUUGUGUAUGGAAAAGUAAGCGUCCCCCAAGUACUUUGAGGGUUUUCCAAGUCUUCCCAGACCACAGAAAAAAACAAUGUAGCUGUUAUUGAUGUUUGUUUUUUUUAAUGAAAAAAUAAAAAUACAACUUGAA